CUCUCUUUAAAAAAUUGAAAUCAAAUCUUAUCUUUGAUUAAAUUUAACCAUUAAAUUGAUUGCAUAUGAAACCUUUAUUAUUUCCAAAACCCUCCCUCCCUCCCUCCACUCGAGUCGUCUCCCGCGUCCUUCUUCCCCCGGUUGUCUUCGAUUUCUAGCAAGUUCCCCGCUGAUUUCUGCUCAACACUCCUGACCCUCACCCUCGUUCGCUGCAAUCAUCGCCAAUUGCGAGUUCGUUCUAUUGCGCGUUUCUUCCUGUUGGUUCCGCGAACAGACUCGCACCUCCGCCCUCUGCCGUCAUCGCCCGGCCCUCUUGCAAGUUGUCGGAGUUUUGGUUUUCUGGGGGGGUAAGAUUUUGUGUUUUUAAGUACUUUUAGGAAGUUUCUUGGAUACCCAUUGAUACAAAAUACAAAAUUCAAUGAUAUUUUUUUAGUCUUUAAAAGCCCAAUCGAGCUUAGCUGAUAUAGAUAUGUUCUUCCUCUUUAGAAGUGGGGAGGUUGGAUAUCUUAUUUCGACUAUUGCAUUUGUUAGUACUAAACAAAAGGGUUAUUUUUUUUUAUUUGGGCUUUGAAAUGGAGUAUCUGUGAGAAAACUCCUUUAUUACUCACGCGAAGCUUUCGCCCUAAAUUGGAUUUUGUGUUAACGGAAUUAGUUAGGGUACACGUUUUUGCUCUUUCCUUUCUCUCUGCUUUUCUUCUUUCUUUCAACAUCUAAAUUCCUAUAUAUAUCUCAUGACACUGUUCCUAACUCCAAUACACUCUUCAAUGCGCUCACCUAUCUUCUUCACUCCACAUUUUAACUCCAACUAUUUAUCUUUUCCUCUCUUUCCUGAUUUUUAUUCUUCAAUUAUCUUCUCCCCACUUCAACACCCUACAUUAUGUUUUGUUGAUCACGUAUAUUGUUAUUUUACUGAUAGAUUAUAUAUUUCUUGUUGUUUUCUGAUCCUUUUUCGAUAUUUUAUGACCACCAUUGGGGGCUAGCAUCAAUCUGUUGGAGUACUAUAUAUCAACAUCGGUUGGUUGACCUUUGAUCUAUCAUGCUCACCCCAACCACUCACGUCGCCAUCUUUACUUGAACUAGGCCUUUACCUCUAUUCUUUUUAAUAGAAUUGGCGUCUUGGUGUGCUACACAUAGAGCAAUCAAAACAGAAUGGGAGUUGGAGAUGUGUGUACGAAUUUUUGGGUUACAUUUAAUCAAAUCUUUGAACAUGUUAUUAGUUUAUUUAGGAGAUUCCUUUUCGUAGUUCUAUCGAUGGGUUCGAUUCCUGCUCAUGUUGCUUUUAUAAUGGAUGGGAAUAGGAGAUAUGCAAAGAAAAAAAAGCUGGCUGAAGGAGCUGGCCAUAGGAUUGGGUAUUUGGCUUUGACAUUCAUGCUCAAAUACUGCUAUGAAUUGGGUGUGAAGUAUGUAACUAUUUAUGCCUUCAGCAUUGAUAAUUUUAGAAGAAGUCCAGAAGAAGUUCAAGGUGUGAUGGAUCUGAUGUUGGAAAAAGUUGAAUUAUUGAUUAGAGAAGAAAGCCUUGUGAAUCAAUAUGGAGUUAGACUUCGUUUUAUAGGAAACUUAAGAUUAUUAAGUGCACCUGUGAGGGAUGCAAUUGAAAGAGCUAUGGAAGCCACUAGAAACAAUAACAAAGCAGAACUUUCCAUCUGUAUUGCUUACACUUCCACUGAUGAAAUUGUUCAUGCCGUUGAAAGGUCUUGUGAAGAGAAAUGGAAUGAGAUGAAUUCAAAAACUGCAAAUGGAGUAGGAUAUGGUUUUGGCAAAUUAGGUGUGGCUAACAAUGGUGACAACUCCAUAACAUUAGCUGAUGUUGAGAAGCAUAUGUAUACAGCCGCUACUCCCGACCCCGAUAUAUUAAUUCGCACAUCGGGAGAGGCCCGCUUGAGCAAUUUCCUUUUGUGGCAGACAUCUUCAUGUUAUUUGUAUUCUCCUUCCGCCCUUUGGCCAGAAAUUAAUUUUUGGUAUUUUCUGUGGGCAAUCUUGAACUUUCAAAGAAAUAAUCAUCAUUUGGUAAAGAAAAGGAAACAGUUAUAAUCUUCAUUACUAGUUGUCUUAAGGAAAUAGAUUUGAUUAAUUAUUAUUGAGGAUCAUGUUUAGUUUAGCCCUAAUAUUAUUGGGUAAGUUAAUGUCACUCUAUUAUCUUCUUUUGGAACACCUCUUAUGUAUGUUGUAUACAAGUUAUGAUAGUUAUACAACUCUUUUCCCACUUAUUGUUAUUGUUGGUUUUACUUGCAUAAACAGGCAUUCUGUAUUAUAAUUGAUAUGGAAUGAGAGUUAUGGUUCAUCUUUUGUUCAA